AUGAUAAUUUCCAGGGCUAGUCACAUCCAAGAAUAUAGCUUUUGCCUCUGUGUCUCAAAACUACAGUUUGCAUUAGUUGCCAUUAGUUGCAUCUCUUAUUACGUGCUAACACCUGUCGAGGCCAAAAACUUUGAUCCGCACCAUGUCCGUCCUGAUACUCCUACCGAACAACCAAUACCAGAUAGUCCAACUUUGGGUCAUGCACAUCAUCAACACCAUAAUGGUCAUAAUGGGCAUAACGGACAUAACGGACACAACGGUAACAACGGUCAUCAUGGACAUAAUGGACAGAACGGACAUCACGGACAAAAUGGUCAUCAUGGACAAAACGGCCAUAAUGGACAUAAUGGUCACAAUGGACACAAUGGACAUAAUGGACAUAAUGGACAUCAUGGUCAUCAUUAG